AUGAGCACCAAAAUCCCCCUCAUUACGCUCGAGGAGCACUUCAUCUCCCAGGCUGUGCUCGACUACUAUGCCUCACAAGGCGUCGACACGAGUCUCCCAGAUUCUAUGGCCCACAUUAUGACUGCCCUUCGUGAGGUCGGGCCUUUGCGUCUGAAGGCAAUGGAUGGUGGCCGCAUCAGUCUUCAAGUCAUCUCUCAUCGACCCAACACUAUCCCUGUCCCACCGGAGGUCUGCACAAAAGCGAACAACGAGCUAUACGAAGCAAUCAAGGCCUCACCCUCCCCGAGCCGCUUCGCUGCCUUCGCCAUGCUACCAAUGCUUCACCCGGAGGAAGCAGCAAAGGAACUGGACCGGUGUGUUUCACAACUUGGAUUUGUGGGCAGCCUCAUCGACAAUACUGCCAACGGGCGCUAUUAUGACGAUCCUUUCUUCUGGCCCAUCUUCGCGGCUCACGAAAAACUCGACGUCCCUGUUUACCUUCACGCGAUACCGCAACCAAUCACGGAAGCUACGCCAGCGCCCUCCUUCCAUGGGAACUAUUCGCCUCAAGUUUCGAACUUCCUAGCCAACCAUGGUUUUCACUGGCAUAGCGACGUGGCGUUGCACGUGCUCCGACUGCCACAUGGGCGAGACGCUGCCUUUCCUGAUUACCGAAUUCACAAGCUCAUCCAGCGGACCUGGGCCCAGACCUCGAAACCGCGUCGUCAUCUUCUGCAGGUCUGGCACGAGAAUAUCUACAUUACGACGGCUGGCAUGUUCAGCUUGGCGCCCAUGGCUUGCCUGAUCCACAUGUGCUGCGCCGACAAAGUACUGUACAGUGUCGACUAUCCAUUUUGCAGCCACGAGGAUGGCCUGAAGUUUAUGUACGCGUUACGAGAAAGUGCAAUGAUCAACGACCAAGAUUUUGAGGCAAUCGCGUACAAAAACGCCGAGAGACUGCUUGACGUCAAGGUGCCGGACGACAACGAGGUGGGAAUGGAGAUCACAGGCGACGAGGGUCAAAGCGAGGCUGACCGGCGGAGCAUGCCCUGGUUGACGAGCACCACCAGCGCGGGCAGCCUCAACGGGGACGGGACGGCCUUUCCGCACAGUCCGCUCGAAACGGUCCGGGAGGAGAAGUAG